AUGGUCAUCGUAGUUGGGGCUACGCGAACAAAAGCUUCCUACUCAGGAAAUACGUGCCCUGAAAUGCCCCAGCAUCAACUCACUGAGUUCUUCUCGAUAGGAAUGGAAACAGGUCCCCUCGGUCUGCAAUUCAAAGAAAAACCAAACCGAGCAAGGAGAAACCUAAAGUUUAAGGUCCCAGAUACAGAUUCUGAAACUAGUCCGUCUCCGUCUCAUGGACAAAGAAGGAUGACUCCCAAAGAGUUCGCCAAAUGCAAGGAUCACCGACUUUACAAGCAAGACAUAACUGACAAAGGUGAAACUGCUAAAGAAGAUGCCACCAAGUUUGGAACACUUAUAGGGAUAGAUCUUGGAACCGCCUACUCAUGUGUUGGUGUAUACAAGAAUGACCAUGUUGAAAUCAUAGCCAAUGACCAAGGAAACCGUAUUACACCUUCGUGGGUUGGUUUCACUGACUCCGAGAGCCUCAUUGGUGAGGCUGCUAAGAACCAGGCGGCUGUUAAUCCAGAGAGAACCAUUUUCGACGUCAAGAGACUGAUCGGCCGAAAAUUCGAGGACAAACAAGUGCAAAAGGACAGGAAGCUUGUGCCUUACCAGAUUGUGAACAAGGAUGGCAAGCCAUACAUUCAAGUUAAGAUCAAGGCUGGUGAGACCAAGGUUUUCUCUCCUGAGGAGAUCAGUGCCAUGAUUCUGAUUAAGAUGAAGGAGACAGCUGAAGCUUAUCUUGGAAAGAAGAUCACGGACGCUGUUGUCACUGUUCCAGCUUACUUCAACGAUGACCAGAGGCAGGCGAUAAAGAAUGCUGGUGUUAUUGCUGGUCUAAAUGUUGCUAGAAUCAUCAAGGAACCCAUUGCUGCUGCUAUUGCCUACGGUCUUGAUAAGAAGGUUGGUGAGAAGAUCAUCCUUGUAUUUGACCUUGGUGGUACCACCUUUGAUGUCAGUGUCUUGACCAUUGACAACGGAGUGUUCGAGGUUCUCUCCACAAAUGGUGACACUCGCUUGGGAGGUGAGGACUUUGACCACAAGAUCAUGGACUACUUUAUCAAGUUGAUCAAGAAGAAACACCAAAAGGACAUCAGCAAGGAUAACAAGGCUCUAGGUAAGCUUCGCAGGGAAUGUGAGAGGGCCAAGAGAGCUCUUAGUAGCCAGCUCCAAGUCCGUGUAGAGAUUGAGUCCCUCUUUGAUGGUGCUGAUUUCUCUGAGCCACUCACCAGAGCUCGUUUCGAGGAGUUGAACAAUGACUUGUUCAGGAAGACGAUGGGACCCGUGAAGAAGGCCAUGGAUGAUGCUGGUCUACAGAAGAUCCAGAUCGACGAGAUUGUCCUUGUUGGUGGAAGCACUAAGAUCCCAAAGGUUCAGCAGCUGUUGAAAGAUUUCUUUGAAGGGAAAGAGCCGAUCAAGGGUGUGAACCCGGACGAGGCUGUUGCUUAUGGUGCUGCUGUUCAGGGCAGUAUUUUGAGUGGACAAGUCGGUGGUGCAUGUGGAGAAUCAGCGACCCAGGAGGAGGUUGAGGAUAAAGAAUGA